AUAAAGAGCCAACGAACGUUAAUAAGUGUAAACGGGAAAACGAAGGCUCCGGCGAUGCUCCGCCUCCUCCUGCGGCGGCGCCGCCCCUUGCGGCGGCGCUUCUCCUCGCAAGCGCCCCAAGAUCCCUCCUACGACCCCCUCAAAGAGCACUUGCCCUCUCCCCCCGCUCCCCCUCCUCUCCUCCGAACCCCUAUUGCCUCUCCUUCCCCCGCAUCCCACUCCGACCGUUCAUUCGCCUUCUACGCCCUCGCCGGAACCCUAGCCUCCUCCGUCGCUGCGGCCGCUUACCUGUCCUCCUCCUCCUCCGCCGCCGACCAUCGGAUCCCUAGUUCCGACCAAAUCUACGCUGACCUCGAGAAAACCCUGGAGGCUUCCAAGGGCUCGGUGCGGAGGGUCGUGGACCAGAUGCGGCAGACGGGGGCGGCGGCCGCCGUGCUGUGGAAGUCGCUCGCCUCCGUGAUGUCGUCGGCGAACCAGGAGGUGAGGUCGGGGUUCGAGCUCCGCGUGGCGGCGCUCCUCGCCGACAUCGCGGCGGCGAACUCGGCGCGCCGAGCGGCGAUCGUCGGCGCCGGGGGCGGGGCCGUGGUGGAUUGGUUGCUGGACAGCGUGGCGGCGGCGCGGGGGAAUGGAGCAGAGCUGCGCGGGACGCAGGCGGAGGCGGCGAGGGCGCUCGCGCACCUUAUCGCCGAUCCGGAGGUGUGCCCCGCGGUGUUGGGGCGGCCCCAUGCGGUCCCGAACCUCCUUAGGUUCAUCUUCUCCUUCCAGCCUAAGAAGCCGAAGAAGCACUUUAAACUCUCUUCAUUGGAUGGUUCAGAUCAUUCUAAAGGAAGGAGCAUGCUUGUUGCUGCCCUUAUGGACAUAGUCACUUCAAAUUGCGAUAAUGUAGACUACUCAUCCUUUCGUCCUCUGUUACCUGGUAAUGCGGACAUGAGAGACAUUGCGACAGCUAUUGAAGUUGUUGAGCAAGGCGGAAUGCACUUUGACGACCACAAUGGAAGCGAUGACGGUGAGAAUGGCGACAGAGGUGUGAAGGGAAUUGGGAUAAAAAUACUUGGAGGCACUACUGUUUUGGGAUUUUCACAACCAAAGGACGACUUAGAAGUACAUACAUCAAUCACCACACCUCUGACAUUCGAAGAAAAAGCUACGAGCCCCGCGAAAGUUGAGAAAUUAAAUUCUGCGACUGUGCCAGGCCUCUGGGAUGAUUUACAGAGGGAAUAUGUUGCUGUACCUUUUGCUGCAUGGGCUCUAGCAAACUGGGCUUUGGCAUCAGAUACUAAUCGUUCUCAUAUUCAAGAGCUUGAUAGCGAUGGGAAUGCUGUCAUGACUGCAUUAGCAGCACCAGAAAGAACUGUUAAGUGGCAUGGAAGUCUGGUUGCUCGAUCUCUCUUAGAUGACCAGAAUUUGCCAUUGAUAGAUUCUGUUCCUAAAUGGACAUCGUGUCUCCUUUCUACAGCCUUCCAGGCUAGUAAAAAUGACGACUUUGCAUUGGCUCGGGUGGCAUUGUCAGCUUUUCUCGUCUCUGUUGAAAGAUGUAAGGAUUCAAAGAUGGUGGUUAUGGAGAAUGGCCUCCAUUUCAUGCGAGAAAUAGCUAAACAGGCAGAAAAGCAUAAUUAUGUGCAAGAAAUAGUAGCUAGGGUCUUGAGUCUGCUGUAUACAGGGGGUUUUCAUUUAUCUCUUGAGGAAAGUCAAAAGUGGUCCGGUAUUCUUCUUCGUUGGGUUUUUGGUCAAUCUUCCGCAGAUACUAUUCGACCUACGGCUGUAGAAAUCCUUUCUUGCAUACUUGAUGACCAUGGCCCAGCUUCUAUACCAAUUUCUCAAGGAUGGUUGACUGUUAUGUUGAGUGAAAUUCUUGGAUCUAACAAGGCGUCAAAUUUGAAAGGGGGUGCUCCACCAAAGACUGACAGUGUGAAGAGUGAAAUUGAUAAAUCAAAUGCUUACUCGGCGACCCAGGUGGCCAAUCAGUUAGCUACUGCUGUCGUCAGGCUAGCAAUGCCUAAGUUAGAAGCUGAAUCUGAUUCUGUCGAUAAACAUCCACUUGCUGAUUUUCUCGCUUUUAACCCAUUUGUUGCACCAUUAAAGAACCUUAACAAAAACAACUCUCCUAAGUUUGAUGCAGCUGAUUCAGCAAUAUCGACACUUAAAGGCAUAAAAGCACUGUCCGAGCUUUGUUCUGAAGAGUCUAUGUGCCAAAACAAGAUUGUUGAUUUUGGAGUGCUUUGCUUGCUUAGACGAUUCCUCUUGUGUGAUGACUACGAAAAGCUUGCUGCAAAUGAAACGUAUGACGCAUCUUCACUAGACCCUAAUGACCCUUCUAGUGUUCGAGUUCCUCCAACAUCACAUAUUCGGAGACAUGCUGCUCGACUGCUGAACAUUCUCUCUCUUUUACCUAAUGUUAAGAAAGCUAUUAUAGCUGAUGAAAAGUGGUGUAAAUGGCUUGAGGAUUGUACUAGUGGACGGCUCCCUUGCUGCAAUGACCUAAAAAUUCAGAGCUACUGCAGGUCAACUUUGCUAAAUGUGCGCUGCUCAGAAAAUGGAGUAAAUCAUACAUGUUUUAAUAUGGCUACUGAGAAUGGUAAAAGGAUUCCUCAAUAUGAGGAUAGGUUAUUCUUGCUUAAUCCGCAAUCACCACAUUGGGCUUGUUUUGACAAAAAUGAUUUGGAUGUUUCCUCAUCUUCUAGUGGUGCUAAAAGUAUUGAAAUCGACACUAGUGAUACCUCCAGUUCUUCACACGAUACAGUAGUCCAUGAACCUGCAGCUCCAUUAUUUGAUGUUGUUUUUGUCCAUGGCCUACGCGGUGGCCCUUUUAAUUCAUGGCGAAUAGCAGAUAAUAAGUCUUCAACAACCAGUAAAGCUGGUUUCGUGGAAAACAUAGACCAGGAAGCCGGGUUACAGGGCACAUGCUGGCCAAGGGAGUGGCUUUCUUCUGAUUUUCCUUGUGCUCGCCUGUUUACUGUUAAAUACAAGACAAAUCUGACCCAGUGGACUGGAGCUAGUUUGCCUCUUCAGGAGGUUAGCUCAAUGUUGCUGAGGAAGUUAGUUGCAGCUGGUGUUGGAAGCCGACCUGUUGUAUUUGUUACACACAGCAUGGGCGGUCUAGUGGUCAAGCAAAUGUUGUAUCAAGCAAAGCUGAACAAUUUCGACAAGUUUUAUCAGAAUACAGUCGGAAUUGUAUUCUAUAGUUGUCCACAUUUCGGCAGCAAACUCGCAGAUAUGCCAUGGCAUAUGGGCCUCGUUUUUCGUCCCGCCCCUUCAAUCGGGGAGUUACGAAGCGGGUCGCCGAGACUGGUUGAACUGAACGACUUUAUUCGCCAUCUCCAUAACAAAGGACUCCUAGAUGUUCUCAGUUUCAGUGAGACCCAGGUGACACCGAUUGUCGAAGGCUAUGGUGGCUGGGCAUUUCGCUUGGAGAUCGUACCAAUUGAGUCUGCAUACCCUGGUUACGGUGAACUUGUUGUAAGUAAUGCUACAGAUGAUGUCACAGGUAUUGAAUGCUACAGAUCAUGUCAACUCCUGCAAACCAGUUAGCCGAACCGAUCCAUCAUACGCGGAGACCCUGGAUUUCUUGAAGAAACUAAAAGCUCGUAUCAGUGAGCACUCGUAGUUUCUCAAAUUUUUCGUCCUUGCGGGAAUAAUACAUCAUCGAAAAUGAAGUUCCCUGAGAUUCUUAACUGCUGGAGCUUGAGUUUGAGUUCGAGUUCUUGUGAUACUAUUAUACCUUUGGUCACAGAUGUGGUCAAGUUGUAUACUGAAAGAAAAGAAAAGAAAAAAAAAGAAUUAAUUAGGCGUCUGUACAUAACAUUUGAUGUUUAAUCUGUUCUACGCUUCGCCUCCGCUAAUAAGAGAGAAUCAAUCAAUGGAUGCAUCUUUAAUUUCUCUGUUAGUUUUUCUUCUUUUCAAUGGAAGCCUCGCAUGAAAUCUUUGUAUAU